AUGACCGGGAUUGAGAAUCAGCUUGGAUCCGUUGAACUGCGUGGCGUGUCGGAUAUGCGUGAUGGCUCGAUUGACCACUUGUUCCAGAUUGGUGCUCUGAUUGCAGCAGCACAAGGAAUGAAGAUGAACGAGGGAUACCGCUGGGACAUGUGGGAAGUGAAUGAGUCGGAGUUGAAGUUGAUUCGGCAUGUUCGAGUGUGGCGUCAUGAAAUGUUGGAUCCGAGGAUCAAACUGGCGAAUAAAUCGCCGCUGCCGAUCACUGGUCAUUGGUCCCGAUUGACUGGAGAAAGAGUGACGUACAAGACGUACAAGGACGGAUCGACUGUCACUGUCAGGGAUGAUAACUUCCUGACAAUGAGGAGCACGAGGCCAAAGGGUCCGAAAGAAUGGCGUGGACGAGUUGAGUUUGGACUGAAGCACAAGCCGCAACUGAGACAUGUACAGAAGACUGCACCGCGUCCUUACGAUCCUUCGAUUGGACGUGACAAGAAGGUUGUGAAUGCGGAGUCUGUCGAAGUUGGAAAGCCGACUGACGUGCGUAGUCCACGAAUGGAUGUUGAACCGGAGAUCAUUGAUCGACAGGUGAGAGUGAGUCGGAAUGUUGAGGAGCAUGAGUUGGAGAAUGCCUUGAGAUCAUUGCCUCAGCAUGGGAGGCUGUUGAGUGACCACUUGUUUGGUGAUCGCUGCACAAUGUUCUUCGACUCGAGUGACCCGUCGAUGAUUGACACUGGGCAUCAGAAUGAUUGGGCAGACAUCGAACUGCCUGAUGGCGCUGUCAAGAGAUGCAACGAGCCUCGUGAGGCGACUGGUCACAAGUGGAUUGGAUAUACACUGUUCGUUCCUCUUGAUCGACCGAAAGCAGGUGAGAACGAGCAGGAGACUGAGGACAAGAAUGCGGUGAAGCCAAAGGGAGUGAAGAUCCCGAAUGAGCCGUCGGAGAAUGAACGAAGACUGCGUGAGUUAACUCAUCUUCCCUAUCGUGACUGGUGUGAGCACUGUGUACGAUCGAAAGGAAGGCAGAACCAUGCAGUGAAGAAGAAUGACAGGCAACCUGUCAUACAGAUUGACUUCUCCUUUCUGUCUACUGAGAAUGACCUUCCCAAGAGGACUAUCUUGAAUGCAACAGAUGUGCAGACUGGCUAUGCAAUGGCAGUUGUGCUUCCUGCGAAAGGGAGUGUGGAGAAGUAUGCCGUUGCGGAAUUGCGCAGAUUUGUAUUUGAGAUUGGUCGUACGUAUGGGGUCAUUCAAUAUGACAAGGAGAAUUCACUGAAGGUGAUUGCAAAGGACACUUGCAAGACUGUCGGUGGAUUGUCAAUGCGCGCUGCUCCGACUGGACACUCUGAGAGCCAAGGGAGUGUUGGGAAUGUGCAGAGGACUUUGUAUGGACAAUUGAGGACACUGUUGUCUCAAGUGCAAGAGAAGACUGGAGUGAAAGUGUCGUCGGAAUCUCCACUGUUUGCUUGGUGCGUGAAACAUGCGCAAUGGUUGAUUAACCGUUACCUGAUUGGAACUGACGGGAAGACUGCCUACAGCCGAAGGUGGUCCCGCGAGUACGGUGGAUCACUGUGCAUGUUUGGUGAGUUGAUUGACGCGAAAAUGCCGAUAAGCAAUAAAAUGAAGCUUCCCAAAGGUGGAUCGCAAUAG